UAAGUGCUCAUUUGGCACUUGAGAAAAUCAUCCGCUAACUCAUUUGGCAAGAAAUUACAUCCUUUUUGUUCAUAAAAAUAUGGCUUCUCCGACCACUUUCGAUUUCCCGCCAAGCUGGCCAAAUGGCCGCCCGCCGGUCGUGUUUUCUACCGAAAGCAAGUGGGAUCAUAUUUUUUCCUCCUUUACUUUGGACCAUCAGGUUCAGGAAAAGUACGCGGAAGCCAUUUUGGAACUCAAAGAAGAAGCAAGGAGCAUGUUAACAAUGGCUGAAGGGAAAACAAUGAGCGAGAGGCUAGUACUAAUCGACACACUUGAGCGGUUGGGAGUCGGAUACCACUUUGAUCAACAGAUUGAGGAUCAACUUGAAAAUAUCUUGACAAAGUUUGACUUAGAAAAUGAAGGCUACGAUUUGUUCACUACUGCACUUUUGUUUCGUAUACUAAGGCAGCAUCAUGUUUUUGACAAAUUCAUUGACCAAGACAAAAGAUUCAAAGAAUCCUUAUGUGAUGAUGCUGAGGGGCUCCUCAGCCUGUACGAAGCAACCCACUUGAGAAUCCAUGGAGAACAAAUCUUAGACGAGGCUUUGACUUUCACGGUGCAUCAUCUGAAGCGUAUGGUACAACAGUUAGAGUCACCACUUCAAGACCUCGUAAAGCGAGCUCUAGAGAGACCUCUCCACAGGGGCCUUCCACGAAUGGAAACUCGUCAUUAUAUUUCCUCAUAUGAGAAAUACAAUUUGAGGAAUCAACAACUUCUUAAACUUGCCAAAUUGGAUUUUAAUUAUGUACAAAAUAUAUACAAGAAGGAGCUGCACAAACUUACAAGGUGGUGGAACGAACUAAACCCACACCUUCCGUAUGCAAGAAACAGAAUUGUUGCGGCUUAUCUUUGGGGUGUCGCAUUCCAUUUUGAGCCGCAGUAUUCAUAUGUCCGUGAGGCUGUCACAAAAGUUGUUCAAAUACUUACAGUUCUUGAUGAUACAUAUGACAAUUAUGCUACGAUUGAAGAGGCUGAUAAAUUCACAGAGGCUGUGCAGAGGUGGAAUAUUGAUGAAAUUGAUUGUCUUCCGGAUUAUAUGAAACCCAUCUACAAGUGUGUUUUGAAGAUGUAUGACGAAUACGAAUGUGAAGCUGUCGAACGAGGGAAACCAUUUGCAAUUCCUUAUGCCAAACAAACUGAAAUUCAUGUGAACAUUCAUCGAGAUACAAUUAAGGUCGGAAGUGGGAAUAUGUAUUUUGUUACAUUGCACAAGAUGAAAGAUAUAUGUAGUGCCUACAAUCAAGGGCUCAAGUACACUAUGGGAGGCCAAAUUACUUCAUUCGAAGACUACAUUCAGAUGACGAUGAUCUCAAGUAUAAUCUAUGUGGGUUGCGCUGCUACGUUUCCGGGCUUGGAAUCUUUGAGUGAAGAAACCAUAGAUUGGUUCAAGAGUGAGCCCAAAAUCAUUAGGCCUUUGGCUGAGGUGUGCCGAUACUUAGACGACGUGGGGAGUUAUGAACGCGAGAGCCAAGAGGGAGCACUCCUAACAGGGUUGGAUUUCUAUGUCAAAUAUCACGGUGGAUCAGUGGAAGAGGCUAAGGUUAGGUUUGAAGAGCUAGCGGAGGAUGCUUGGAAACGUUUUAACACGGAAUGGGUAAGGAACCUCAAAAGCAGCAGCGUGCCAAAGGAAGUGGUGGAGGAGUUUCUUGGCUACCUUCGAGCAGCCGACGUGGUUUACAGGGAUAGCAGGGAUGGAUACGCAAAAUGUCACAUCAUGGCACCCGAAGUCGAAGGCCUCUUCAUCGACCAUAUUAUUGUCUGAUAUUUGCACACGACCAAAAUUAAUUGUUUCCUAAAAUUAGACCACCAUAAAAUCUUGUUUCCCUUGACAUUGAUGUUGGUAUAUAUAAACCAAAAGGAAAUUGAUUCAAUCCAAAUACCAUUCAUGUUAAACAAUCAAGAAUCAAUCAAAUAAAAGAGCGGAAGUGUACCUCAAUUCAUUGUUUUGUGAAUACUUCUGUUAUUUCAAUUUACUAGACUAAUAUGGUCGUCCAAACGAUCAAAA